AUGAAAUUUGAUAAUGAUGAUUUAAUAAAAUUUUAUGAGAUAAGACACGAAAUAGAUUUAGUUAUUGAAAGCAUAGUGUCUUUCUUCUACAAUAUUGUUGUUACCAUCAAAUUUAUAAAUGGAAUUUCCAACGAAAAGAAAAUAAAGGUAAUUUUUGAAAAAAUAAAAAAAGAUUGGGAAGAAACUGUCGAUCCAAUCGAAAAUCAAAUUCUAACUCACUAUGCCAACUUAGGAAAGCUGCUGAAUAUUUUAUAUCUGAGUGCAGUUUUAUCAACCUUGGUAGCAUUUAUGUGUCUUCCUCUGACACCGGUUUUCCUAGAUAUAAUUCUUCCUUUGAACGAAUCAAGACCAAGAAAACCACUUAUAAUGGCAGAAUUUUUCAUCGACGAAAAAAAGUAUUUUCAUUCACUAGUGAUACAUGCUUUUAUCACAGCUUAUUAUGGUAUUAUACCACUUAUCGGAACCGACACAUUUUACAUGAAUUGCAUCUAUCAUGCGUGUGGAAUGCUGACAAUUUUAGGCCGUCGUAUUGAAAAUUGUUUCGAAGAAACUUAUAAAAAGGAAUCAAAGGAAAAGGAAAAUUAUCAGCGAAUAAGAACUUGCAUUACUCAACAUCAAGAAAUUAUCGAGUAA